GCUCUAUCGAUUGGCCAAAUUGGGUCCGGGAAUUGUUCAGUUGUGGGUAUUUGACUGAUCCCCGACUGCUAGGUAUUCACGAGAAUCCCUGUCACCUAAUGUUCCACCUCUAUACGCGAUCAUAAAAUUGAUGACUUCUAAUGAUGUUGACUAAAUGGAUGUGGAAACUACAUUGACUCUUUUCUACACUUGUAAAGUUAGAGUAGUGCAGCCACCUAACCGCUGAGCGCCAUCGAUGUCAUGGCACCGUCUAACGACGACAUUAUCCUUAGGAAUUCUAAGACGGAGCUGCUCGAAGCGAUCAAAAAACUUCCAUCACGAACUGAGGACUUGUCUAGCAGGCGCGAAGACUUCGAAGAUCUAGUCCGGAAAUGGACUUCCAGCGCCCGAGACGUACCGACUCAUACUGGCGAAUUUCUCUAUUUGCUCAAUAAGUCUUCGAACACGGACCUUUCCGCCGAGGGUUUAAUAGAGGCUGAUUUGGCGCGGUUCCGCUACUUACAGAGUCUUGAGUCUCGAUGCCGUUUUAAUGUCUUCAUUGUCCAAUUGGAGAAGAAAGAAUUAGUAACCAUUUAUGGGGACUGCGCACAUGCGUGCUUUGAACGUGAUGAAAGUGAGGAUGAAGAUGAUAUUGACUCAGACCCAGGCAACAUAAUUGAAAUUGAUGACCUAGAUUGGACUCUACGAAUAGCGCUGUUUGACGGAACCCCCCUUAGAAAGCCAUAUAACUUGGGUGUGGAUCCCCACGCUAUGAUAGAAGGCAACGUCUUCGAGGGCUAUGAUCCCGACGAAGACGAACGCGUUUAUAGAAGUUAUGGGGGUGAUGAAUACGAGGAUGUCCGUCCUAACAAUUCUCAGGCUCAUACGUAAUUUCGCUAACUCACCCAGAUGUAUCAAUUUGCACGAUAUUAUAAAUCAUCAGUUAGUA